AUGAACACUAUCAUCUUUUUGGCCCUUUUGGGUUUUGUAUUUUGCACACCAACAGAAAAUACCAUAGCCGCCUACUCUACACCAAUAGCACCGAUACCUUACCUACGUUAUUCGUAUUUAUAUCUAGGUCAAGUACCGUACUUAAACCCUCCUUACGGGUACCAAUACAACCCAAAACUGACAAUACACGAAGACCACGAUACAGAUCAUUUUCACCCGCACGAUCAAGGUCACUUCGAGGAACCCUACGAACCCGUUUCCUUUCCGGUACCAUUUGGUACCCCGAUACAUCACCACCCGCCAUCUCAUUUGGCUAUUAAUGGCGUUAAUUUGGCCGGGUACCCUGCUUACGGACCUGAUGGUAUUCCCAGUGAAGAAUCAGUGGUUUAUGAGGAUAAUACCCCCGAAUGUAGCUGUAAAAGAACGUAUGGUAUUAAAGGUCAAGUACCAUAUGGUAACCAACCAAAUUUUGGUGUUCCAUUCGAAAAUCAGUUUAAUACUGAUAUUCAGUCACCAGAUAAUUUAUUCCGUUUAGAAUUUAAUACCAGAGCCAAUGGUUUCUUCAAAUAUCUACAUGGUAAACAUGCAGAAACAGACUCAGCUGAAGCCUCAAACAAUAAAGCUGCAGAUGCAUACGAAAAAAGCAAUGGGGCUCCAACAGAAGAAGCAAGUUCCUUGUCACCAAAUGGUACACCUGUAGCUGCAGCAAGUGAUGAGAAAACAGCUGCAGUUGAAGCUUCUAAAGAUAAUAGUGUUGCAGAUGUAAGUACAUAUAAAGAGAAUGCUAAAGAUACAGUAUUAGCCACCUCAUCACCAAAUAGUGUAACGACUUAUAAUAAAAUAGCUAUAGUUGAAGAUUUUAAAGAUAAAAAUGUCACAGGAGUAAAUAAAAGUAAUGACAAGGCUGAAGAAGAAGUAGCAACUACAUCAUCACCAAAUGAUGAUAAUAUAGCUGUAGUUGAGGCUUCAAAAGAUACUGAAAAUAAAAUGACCACAGAAGUAAAUACAAGCGAUGAUAGAGACAAAGAGACAUCUGAGGAAUCAACAACAUAUGCCCUAUCACCAAAUAGUGCAUCAAGUGAUUAUGAAACAGCUGCAGUUAUUGAUUAUAAAAAUAAUGGUACCGCAAUUAAAAAAAGUUCUGAAGAAACAUCAAAUAAAGCUUCAGUAGCUGCAUUAACAUUAAAUGAUGAAGAUGUGGAUGAGACAAGUAAUACUGCUUCAGCCUUAAGUAUAGGUGAUGCAGUUGAUGAUGAAGAUUUAGCUGUGACGGAUAAAACAGAUGCAGCUUCAACAUCAGCUGACACCUUAAAAAAUCCCAAGGCGUUGGAGAAUGACAUUUCUAAAGCUUUACCAAGUCUUGCUAGUUAA